GAAGGUAUAGUUCAGAUCGUUUCUGAUGUUAGUUUUACCCACGCGCUUUCCAGUAGUGUAGUUGUUUGCUUUUUUUUGUUCGUUCGUCGUGGUGUGUUUUGAUUUUACGCGAGAGUGUUGUUCAGUUGUCGUUGGAUGGUUGAAUCACUCAGCCCACGAUAUAUCUCACUUGAGGAAGAGGGUACAGUCUUAAAGUGGAUUUAUACCCGGCGUGUUCGCGGUGAAUCUUUCCAGUUAGCGCUCGCGUACGUUUCUGAUGAAGUUUUGUGGAAGUAUUCCCAAGGAUUAUUGAAAUCGUACGCAGUAAAAUACAAUUUUGGCAAUUGCAUUAGUGAGACUAACUAACGAUACGAUGUGAUUGACAGUGGUGAAAAAAGUAACGGCCAAUAUUCCGUUCAAAGCAGUUUCGUGUACAGUUAAUACUCAAUAUUCAAGAGAUUAUUGAUUAGGGGAAGAUAUAAAGCAAAAUGGUGCUAUACAAGUUGAUGGUUGUGCAUUGGUCUAUUUUUACGCUAUUUAUACAGUUGGUGUUCUGUGCAUCUGCCUUAACAAAUGCCAACCUGAAUUCACUCGAACACAAAUCAAUUUGCGAGGAUGAUAGUUUGCAGUACGUUCAAGAGAAGGGCUCCCAAUCGAGCCUAGUGUUGAAUCUCCUUCCAGACAAGACUAAACCGUUCUGCAAGCGUCAAUUUCACGCUCCAGAAUCGCACGGCUUCUACGUGCGCUUGCAAAGAAUACCUAUACCAGUGAGCACGAACCCAAAAGUAUCGCAGCAAAACGGCAUGUCUAAAAAAUAUGGCAGCAAAAAAUCCAACAACAUCACCGACUCCUGUGCACUGAGUAUAUCCCAAUCACUGCAUGGUGAAGUGCUACCUCCCUGGAGAUUGGAUCCCUGUGAAUUGGAAUCCCUUGGCUCUAAAGAUGAACCAGUGCGUCUCCUACAAGGACGAUUGAACAUCGUGUGGAAUCACCUGGGCAAUCAGCCAGCUUAUAGGUUACUGGUUACAGUUAUAGGUAAUGGUGCUCCGUGCUUGGAAAAGGAUCGACAUCCAUGUCUAGAGGUGGACGACGUUCCAUUAUUGUGCGUUUCCAAAGAUCUCACAUGUGAUGGAAUUCGGCACUGUCCUUCAUCUGCGAACGCACUCAGCGAUGAAGAUAGUGAAAUGUGUUCCAAAAGGAACGAGCAGGAUCUAACGGAUAAUCCCGUGGAAAUGGUGUUCAAGAAAUAUAUACAAACUACUUUUAAGGCAUUUUUCUACACUGAUUCUACCGAAAUGCCUUCCAAAGAGGAUUCCACAGUUUCUAGCGAAGAGAAACGAAUAGAAGUUAUAGAAACUCAAACCAAAACUACCACUAAACAGCAUAAAAGUACUCUCACGGGACUGUCAAAAUAUGGCCCUUGGGGGUAUCUGUUUCUUGGAAUGCUACUUUGCGGUGGUGCUUUAUUAGUAUGUGGCUUGUGGGAAUGCUGUUGUCGAACCCACAAACCAGAACCAGCGGAUAUGCCUGGACAAGAAAAUCCGUCAGUUUUUCUCGAGUCUGGUAUUAGUAAUUCAAAUAUAAAUAUUUCAACUGGAGCUGUCCAAUCAUUGCCGCCGUACGAAGAUUUAGAUCCCCCACCAGCUUAUUCGGUUUUAUUCCCGAACCAAAAAUCUUCAGAAAAUCUACCCUCGGUAACUGAAGGUUCUCUGAGUCAGCAGAGCACCGAUAGCGCUAAUGAACCAGUGCAAGCUAGUAGCAGUGCAGCAAGCGUCAGUUCAGUGCACAUACAGACCCAAACCGGUCAAUAAGGAACCACUUUUCUGUGCGUAGGUUACAACAAUCUGAAUAAGGCUGAUUUUAUUAUUUAUUGAAACGAAAUCCGUAAUGUCGAGUAGUUGGCUUUAGAAUGCCUCAUUUUUACGGUUUUCUGACACAAACCUCAAACCUGUUAAGCUAGAACCAAACGAUAGAAUAUUUUGAAUAUCUGAUUUCAUCGAAAUCCGUUUGCAACUGUACGAACCCGAUCAAUAGAAAUACUCUCAAGCAGGAUGACGAUGGAAGUUAACAUUCCAUUGUGGUUGGAGGGUUUUCGUUCUAUUCGCCUCAGGUCACGUUUACUGUAGAUUUAGUCAGAAUGUAUUAAUUAAGAGAAGCGUGAGGUCUCACAGGAAAGCAUUUGUAUUAAUAUUCAGCUAAUCGUCAUGUGAUAUUAAAUUAUUUGUAAUCAUGGACAUUUGAUGAGAGUAGUCAUAUUAGUAAA